AUGGCAGAUACCAAAAUCAUUGCCCCCGUGGCACUCUCUGACACGAAUAGUAACCUUGACAAGAGCGGCAAAGACGAGACUCCUGUCACCAUAACGGAGACGACAGCGGGCGAGACUAAAUCUUCUUGGUGGCGAAAAGCCGUGGGACUGGUCUGGGACUCCGUUGAGGGAGACCCAGAGUACCGUAAAUAUGUUCAAAGGCUGGAUACCUUCUUCUUCCCAACUGUCUGCUUUGGCUACUUCAUCAAGUAUUUAGAUCAAACCAACUACAGUAAUGCAUUCAUCAGUGGCAUGCAGGCAGACCUUGGUCUGUAUGGCAACGAACGCAACUGGCUGAACACCUGGUUCAGUCUAGGUAUCAUGAUCGGCAGUGUGCCUGCCCAAAUGUCGCAACUGAGCUUCAUCAGGCCAUCGAUACUCAUCCCAUCCUGUGAAGUCAUCUGGUCUUUGUUGGUAGUUGGCAUGGGCUUUGCCAAGAACAUUGAAACUAUGUACGCUCUACGUUUCUUCAUCGGGCUGUUUGAGGCGUGUGCGUUUCCUGGCUACAUCGCCAUGCUGGGCGGCUGGUACGGCCCCAAGGAACUCACUAAGCGUUUGGCCAUCCUUCUCCAGGUCGAGUCUAUUGCAAGCAUGUUCAGCGGGUACUUGCAGGCGGGUCUUUAUUCUAGCAUGAACGGCCGUCACGGCAUUGCUGGCUGGAGGUGGUUGUUCAUUAUGGACGCGAUUAUCUCGCUUCCAAUUGCGAUUUGGGGCUUCUUUGGACUCCCGGACCUGCCUCACAACACGAAAGCAUUCUACUGGACACCCGAGCAUGUCAAGUUCGGCAUCGAAAGGAUUGAACAGUUCGGCCAGAAGGCUCAGCAAAAGUUGACCUGGAAGGAAGCCAAGCGCAUUUAUCUUGGAUGGGAGAUAUGGGUCUUUGUUGUCCCUUACACCUAUUUCAACUUGUGGCUGAAAGCCGCUGGUUAUAGUGUUGUAGAUGCGAACAUUUACCCCACUGGGGGAAGCGCCUUGAACAUAGUUGCAACCGUGAUUUGGGGCAUCAUUGCUGACCACACCGGGCAGAACUAUCUCAUGAUCGUCAUCGUCCAAGCUCUGAUGAUUCUAUCCAAUAUCCUUCUUUCUGUCUGGUCUAUUCCCAAGGGAGCCCUAAUGUUCGCCUACUAUCUGUCAUACGCUGGAUCGGCUGCUACACCUGUCCUCAUUAGUUGGGCGAACAGACUCAAUGCCGGCGAUCCCAGCCUGCGACAGCUCUUGGUGGCCACAGCCAACGUUGUCUCUUAUGCUUGGGUUCUCUGGGUGCCAUUGGUACUGUUUCCAACCUAUGAUGCGCCAAAAUACAAAUAUGGAUAUCAGAUCCUCAUCCUUUUCGGAGGCCUUGCAAUCAUCAGCGUCACUUUGAUGUGGUACAUGUACAGAAGAAGAGAGUGA